GCACUGUUUCUUACAAUUGAUUUCUUUAUUGCCAGUCCUGCUCAAAGUCAGCUUCCACUGUGAUCAUCCGCAACGAAACAGACAAAAAGCGAGCAUUUACAAUGUCUGAGUCGCAAAAGGAGACCUUCCGCAAAUACUUGGAGCAGGCCGGCGCCAUUGAUGUUCUUGUCAAAGUACUCGUGCAACUUUACGAGGAGCCCUCAAAGCCGAAGCAGGCGUUAGACUACAUCAAGCAAUGCCUUGGCUCGCCAACCCCCGCGGAGUAUGAGGCUCUCAUAGCGGAGAGGGAUGGACUGAAAAGUCAGCUGGAGGAGGCUCACCAGCAGAUUGCCGAGUUACAAGCGCGGGUUCAGCAGCUCGAGGCGUCCGCAGAAGCGUCUUGAGCGCUUGUGUACGGCAUUAUUUUUCCUAUGACUGGGCCCAGAGCUAAGGGACCAGGGGCAGCACAGGGAACAUUUAUGCAUCCAUGGGUUUACAAGGAGCUUUGGCUGCGUGGGAACGGCUGUGGGGAUUGCGUAUGAGAUCUUUUGGUGGUGUGCGAAAAAAGCAUAGUUUCGCUGGCGGUGCAAGGGGAUGGGAUGACAGGCAGAGGUGUAAUCAUUCGGCGGAUCAGGAAAAAAGUUUCUCCCUUUGGCAGGGCCGGUUGGCAAGAUUAACUGUCCACGACCACGGAGGACGCUUUGGCAGAUGGUGGUCCUUGGUGCCGCCGUUUUGGCUUUCGUUUCCAUUUCCGUGCGUCUCGAUGCUUUGUACGGUCGUUCAAUGUGCGUGUCCUGCAUGUGGGGGCUUGAUGAGACUCAAUACUGUAACGCGGAGCGCAG